GACGUGGAAGUUGGAACCGAAGCCAGAGUAAGCAAGUCCAGGCAACGGGAGGCUGGGAGAGAGAGCCAGAGGAGCAGGAGCAGAGAUUCAGGAGCAGGGCAGGGCAGGGGCCGCUGAGCAGGCAACUGAGUGAGAGAGAGAGAGAGAGCUCGAGUCGCAGGUCGAACCAAGCGGACCGACCGCCUUCGUCGCACGUCACGGGCACGGUCACGAGCGCUCUCUUUUCCAUUCCCACGUUUCAAGAAGCCGCCUACUUCUCUGGAGGUGGCGUGAGUACUGCAAUUGCCGCCGAGGGGCGCCCGAGCGCAAUGAUCUUCCUCGUCGAUUUGGAAUUCAAGAAUCGUGAUUUUGCCGGUGAUCUGUGCUCGAACGGUCUUUGAGGCUCCGAAGAAAGAUUUUUCAACGGAGCGAUUUUUGAACCUCGCUAGGAUUGUGCGCUUUUGCUAGACGGUAAAUUUCUUGUUAAAUACGUCAUUCAGGAGGGAAAUUGGUUCCUUGAUGACUUGGUUUUGUCAUCCUCCUUUUCGAUUCGCUUCAGCUGCCUCCUUUCUAUGUGCAGCGUCGGUGCCUGCUGCAGAAAUCUCUGGGAUUUGAUCUGGUGCAGUUUGUUAUGCCGAAUUCCGAUAAUUGUACGCUUGGCUAAAUUGUGCCCAUUCGGGGCUGCCUUUGGAAGACACCAGAAAUUUUGAAAUAAUGACGGAGUCUUCAAUUUCUGCAUCGGAGUUGGAGGGGAGGGAAGAGGUGCGAAAUGGAUCCGAGCUGGAGGCAUCUUUACAAAGAAGGAACAUGGAACUCGAAGCUGAGAACAUGGAGUUGCGUGAGCAAUUGGCACAGAGUCGAGGCCCUGUUAUCAAGUGUGGUUAUCUUUACAAGCACAGGCCGUAUUCACGAUACUUUUCCAAACCAUGGGAGUUGCGGUUUUUCAGUUUAACAAGAAGUUCUUUGACUUUUUGGAAAACUGAAAAUGAAGCCUCAAGUAAUCCGAUAGGGGAGCGUCAUAUCGUGGAUGGCUGGCUUAUCCACAUGGAAAGCUUGAGAGAUGGGAAGUUUGUAACUUUCAGUAUUGAAAAUGGUUCAGGUGCUAUCUUCUUACGUCUUAGUGAAGGUCAAGAUGGAGAACGUGGUCAGAGUUGGGUUAAUGCUUUCAAGUCAAUAGGUUGCAGAGUGGUCACCUAUGUGGAUGAGGAGCAUGAUUCUGUGAGUAACAACCAGUCAAAAGCGGAGGGAGAGGUGACAUCUAGUAUCAAAGAAGUUGCUGUAGAGAACAAUGAUAGUGUCAAUUCAACGUCUGAGUUACAUCAGAGAAAACCCAAACUUUCAAGUGGAGCUUCCGCUGGAAACACGGUCCUACUUCAAGAAGGCAUAAGCAAGACCGCCGAUGACAAGAAACACAAGGACGGAUCACAAACUGAUGCGAGUGUCCAGUACACACUAAGGCCGUCGUCUCCGGCACAUAAAAAGCUGAGAGACAGCCCGCUUAGUUCAGAUGAAAUUUUUACCCAGAGUCACGCAGGACUGUUCAAUUUGUGUAUUGUCUGCCUUGUCGCCGUCAACGGUCGACUUAUCAUUGAGAACUUGAUGAAGUAUGGUCUGCUGAUACAAACAGGGUUCUGGUUUAGUUCAAAAUCAUUGAAAGACUGGCCACUUCUUAUGUGCGGCUUGUCCUUGCCAUUACUUCCAUUAUGCGCUCUUAUGGUGGAAAGGUUGUCGGUUCGCUAUUCCGUAUCUGAAAGGGUUAUGUUUGUUCUUCAUACGAUUAUCAUAAGUGUAUCAAUUCUUUAUCCCAGCUACAUCAUUCAGAGAUAUGACAUGUCGUCAUUGCUAUCAGGGUUUAUCUUAAUCAUGUUUUCCAUCGUAGCCUGGAUGAAACUGAUUUCGUAUGCCCAUACGAAUGCUGACGCUCGAGCUCUAUCAAAGAAAGGCGAGAAGGUGGAAAAGCCUAACGACUCCAUCAGUGUGGAAUAUCCCGACAACAUCACAGUCUCAGACAUAACAUACUUUAUGGUUGCACCAACAUUAUGUUAUCAGAUUGGCUAUCCGCGCAGGGACAUAAUAAGAAAAGGCUGGGUUCUUCGUCAAUCUGUGAAGUUACUUGUGUUCACAGGUUUGAUGGGUUUCAUCGUCGAACAGUACAUCAACCCUACAAUUAAGAAUUCUGAACAUCCUCUUAAGGGAAGCUACUUGAAGGCUCUGGAAAGAAUCUUGAAACUCUCAAUACCGACAUUAUACGUCUGGCUCUGCCUGUUUUACUGUUUCUUUCACCUGUGGUUGAAUAUUCUUGCUGAAUUAACGCGUUUUGGGGAUCGUGAGUUCUACAAAGAUUGGUGGAAUGCCAAAACGGUUGAAGAGUACUGGCGUAUGUGGAAUAUGCCUGUUCAUAAGUGGAUGGUUCGCCAUAUAUACUUUCCUUGUCUAAGAGCAGGAUUGCCCAAGCAUUGUGCUUUCUUCCUCGUGUUUGCUUUAUCCGGAGUCUUCCAUGAGGUCUGUGUGGGGAUACCUUGUCAUAUGGUGAGGUGCUGGGCGUUUCUCGGAAUCAUGUUCCAGGUACCACUUGUAUUCUUGACAAAUUAUCUACAAAGUCGGUUCAAGAACUUGAUGGUUGGAAAUAUGGUGUUCUGGUUUUUCUUUUGCAUCGUUGGGCAGCCUAUGUGUGUCCUUCUCUACUACCAUGAUGUCGUCAAUCAGCAACAGCCUACUUCUACCAUACGUUUUCCACAUACUGAACUAUGAAGAUUCUAGCUGUCUGGUGAGCUGCUCACUAAGAACCAGUUGUUUUGCUCUAGAAGCAAACUUUGUACAGAAGAACAAGAUCCUAGUUGUACUCAUUAGAGGCCAAUUUAGCAGGCAAUCGGCACAGUCAAACUGUUCAUAUUUCAGAGUAAACAAUGAUAGGGUAGGUUCAACGAAUCAAUUGCUCUCUCGCCUUGUACAUUUAAAACUCUCCAUAAAAGCUUUCGCUUUAUAUUUGGCCUGAUGAUUAAGCCCAAUGCUUGCUUAACAGGGUCUUAACUCUUGACCAGUAUGCUUACGUACACGUCAGCUCGUGUAUAUUGAAAGAACUGAGCUUGGACUUGUAUUCUGUAUAUGGAGCUUUGUCACAUCUGCUCCUUUAGGGAUCCAAUGCCUUGGGAUCACUAUGA